AUGGCUUUAUACGAUGACGGAGUGGAAACAGCAACGACAGCUUCACAGAGAGAUGUAGAAAUAACGCUGGAAUUUGCUCUCAAUCAAGACAAAGAACUUGACAGACUGGCACAUGCAAAGUACCUCACAGAGUCACUUAGUGGUCUUCCAGCUUCUAUGAAAGCACUUGACGCUUCCAGGCCUUGGAUAAUCUACUGGUCUUUACACAGUCUCCUCACUCUCGGUAUUUCUCUCGAUCAUGUUUCUAGAUCGAGAGCUAUUUCCACUCUUUCUAAAUACCAAAAUGCUUCUGGUGGCUUUGGCGGUGGUCGCGGUCAGAUUAGUCACGUUCUCACCACUUACGCUUCUGUUAUGAGUCUCGUUAUCGCAGGCGGCCCUGGUGACGGCAAUGGCUGGGAUGCAAUUGACAGGCGUGGAGUAUACGACUUUUUGAUGCGUGUUAAGCAGCAAGAUGGCAGUUUUAUCGUCCACGAAGGCGGUGAAGUUGAUGUUCGUGGCUGCUACUGCGCUUUAGCCGUUGCUACUAUACUAGACAUUCUAACACCGGAGCUACUACACAACGUCGAAAAAUUCGUUGCAAGCUGCCAGACAUUCGAAGGCGGUUUCUCUGCAUGCAGUCAAGAUGGUUUACAAUUCGGCGAGGCUCAUGGUGGCUAUACAAGCUGUGCAUUAAGCGCGUUGACUAUGGUAGACUCAACACGCUCCUCAAAAUUGAACACGACAUUCGAUCUAGACGGACUUAUCAGAUGGAGUGUUCAUAUGCAAGGACUAAAAACUGAACUGGGAGGGUUCAGAGGUCGCACGAACAAGCUCGUUGACGGUUGUUAUAGUUGGUGGCUGGGUGGAUCGUUUAGUUUGUUCGAAUACUGGCAGCUGGCUGUUGAUUCAAAAGAUGAAGAUAAUGAAGAUGAUGACUGGGUUGACGAGGAAGGCUGUUUGUAUGACAGAGAGGCACUGCAGGGAUAUGUACUCAACGCUGCUCAGAAUCCUAAGGGUGGUUUGCGGGACAAGCCUGGAAAAAAUUCAGAUACCUAUCACACAGCAUACAAUAUCUCUGGACUGAGCGCAUCACAGCAUUAUAUCAAAUACGAUGCAGACAGAGCUAGGCAAAUGGCAGUUGACUUCAACGAGAAUGCAGACAAUAUGAUACCCACAGAUAACCCUCAAGAGCGUUCAAGUAUUCGGAGAUUCGCCUACGCAAGUGCAAUGGGAUGGAUGCCCGACAAAGCAGCCAAGAAAGAGUUGAAAAGCCUAGAACCAUAUCUAGCCAGAGCCAAAGAGCUUGUGAACGUUGAGCCUGCAAUUUCAUACUGGUGCAAGUUCUACGUGUUGCAGAACGCAUUGCAACAGAAACCAGGAAAGGAGGGGGAAAUAUUAUUGCUGGAACUGAUGACAGAGCUUGAAGAAACCAAAAAACAUCUCUCGCAGAAUGAGGAAUUGAAAGAUUUAGUCACAGAUGAGGAUGCUGCUAAUGCUUAUAUAGAGAACUUUGCAUUGCGCGUUUUUAUUAAGGCUGAUGACAUGGAUAGAGCAGGCACGGUUAACAAAAUAGUAGCAAAGACUUUCCUCGCUUCAACUUAUUUCCUAUCGCUGCUCACUUUAUUCAAGAAUCCACCAGGUGAUUUACAACAGAAGUUGAAGUAUGCGCGCUUCAAGACGACACAAAUAAUGAAUGCAACCAAAAUGCCACAGCGUGGUUCGCCAAGAGCCAGCACCUCCACUUCACCAAAAUUAGAAACAACCGGUCUACCGCAGUCAACAGGAAGUGUACCACCACGCUUACCAUCACCCAAAUCAAGCUCACGACGUGGUUCGGUUUCAAUACCCGCGGCGGGAUCUUUACCGUCGCCUAAACAAUCACCCCACACGUCUUUACAUGGCUCACCAAGGUCACGCUCAGUUACAAGUUUACCGCAAACCCAAAGCACACAAACAAAUAGACAGAGUGUAGUUGGUACUAAGGAAUUUGCUCAGCUGUCCUUGCAGGGAGAUGAACCAACUGAUGAGCAAUCAAAUGAGGUAGAGGCAGAGGUGGGCAAUAUCAGCAUUGAAUUAUGA